AUCAUUACCUACCUAAAGAUACUACAAGGAAGUGAUCGACUCUUACAAGAUAUGUUAAUAUGUUUCCACGAAUUGCCGCUUCGUUGACCAUGGAACUCCCAUAAAGAAAGCAGGUGAAUGAUUGUAUGGGGCCAGACUGUCAAAUCACUCCAUACGCCAUACGUACCUCUCUGUGGUCUCGUAUGACAUCUUUCGUUGUUUUGCUGUAUAGGUCAUCUAAAGUCUGAAGCAUGUGGGAGUGUUCAUUCUGCACGCUGAUCAAUAACGACAGCGAUGUACGCUGUGCCGUGUGCGAUAUGGAAAGACCAAACCAGUAUCCAGAUCAACACCCGGUGUUAAGCCGUAAUUUGGCUGGAGGAGCGCAUGUAUGGCCGUUUUCCCCCUGUCCUCUGUAUAAUCCACUGCAUGGGCAUGUUUGCUUUCUCUGUAUGGUAGCGAAUCAUGCUCACCACAGAGGAGGUGACUGGGACACACCCUUUUUCCAAGGAAGACAGUUGCAGAGAUAUGGAGGAGAGAGGGACAUAUUUUCAGGCUUUGCUACCCCUCUUCAAAAUGCAGCCGAGAAGAGAGCAUCAAGCAGGCAAAUGGCGUCUCCCAGAAAUCCCAUGCCAGUGUUUGCAGAGACUCCAAGAACAUCAGCUCAAGCCGAGAACAAAGCACCCAACGGGCAACAUUCCACCACAGCGUCUCCGCAAAGUCGCGCCAUUCAAACCUCGUCAAGCAUUGCAGUCGCUCCAAGAAUAUCAGCUCCAGACUUCGACAUUGACGCUCUUCUGACCACGGAAUCAUCCCUGGAUAAAGAAGUUCGUAUCGUGCUCAUCGGUCGCACUGGAUCAGGUAAAAGCGCUACUGGAAACACCAUCACAGGACAGAAGCUUUUUGAGUCCAAAGUGGGAGGUCAGUCCGUCACUAAACAAUGCAAACGUACUUCCAUCCAGCGAUACGGACGCAGAAUUCAGGUAGUGGACACGCCGGGAUUGUUUGAUACAGGAAUGUCAAACGCUGAGAUAAUUAAAGAGGUAGUUAAAUGUAUUGGACUUUCAUCUCCGGGACCACAUGCCAUUAUUUUAGUAACUAGAAUAGACCGCUUUACACAGGAGGAAAAAGAUACAGUGGAACACUUCAGGGCUGUGUUCGGGGAAGGAAUGAAUGAAUACUUAUUCGUGCUCUUCACUAGGAAAGACGAUCUUGACGCUGACGGGAAGAAGAUACACGACUUCAUACAAGAUGUCCCUGACACACUGAGACAACUUCUUUCUGAUUGUAAGAAGCGAUAUAUUGCCUUCAACAACAGACUUCCACAGCAGGAUGGUGCCGAGGUGCGUACACUGCUCAACAUGAUCGAUGCUAAUAUUCAGAGAAACGGUGGAACGUACUACACUACCGAGAUGUACCAAGAAGCAGAGAUGUUGAUGAAACGGAGAGAGAAAGAACUUGGCCAGCAAAUGGAGGAAACUGUAAGACAGGAACGACAACAGUUACAGUUGGAUUUUGAGGAAAGGAUCGACAAACUGAAAGAAGACAACGAGAAACAUGUCAAUGAUCUUCAAGAUAAACUCAAACUGUUAAAUACAACGUCAAGUCAAUCUGAUGAAAUACAGGCUCUCAAGAGGGAGAUUGAAAACGCAAAGAAGGAUGCUGAGAUUGAAAAGCAACUGAAUGAACGAAAACACAGGCAGGAAAUGAAGACAUUGGACAAGAAGCUGAAAGAGGUUGAGGAAAUGGCACGUGAGAAAGCACGUGCAGAGGUCGAGAAGGGGGAAUUGGGUGGUAUCUGGGAUGGAUUUAAGCAAAUUGGCCGUGGAAUAAAGAAUGCGUUCAUGCGUAUCCUUUCAUGAAAGUGACAUUGCAUGUUUCACUGUUCUGUUUUGCGCAGUAAACAAAAGCACCUAUAUGUUGUCAUAUUUUUAGGAAUGUAGCAACAAUGUCAAGUUGUAUAGUUGAAGUACUUAAGGUGACAUAUACAGACUAUAUUUAUGCCAUAUCUGUAAAUACAUAUUUUGUAGGUUGGUGUAAAGCAAAAUAAUCCCUCUUUUAUUGAAAAUAGUAUCCAAGUCCAAUCAUUAUGAAAGCGUUAUUGUUAAGACAUAGUCACAUGGGUGUUCCAAAACCUACCCCAAAGACGACCAAAAGGUUUUAACGUCAGUGUCGACGUUUAAUCUUAACCAUCGAGUGCUAUGUCUAUCAUACAACACAAGUUAACCAUUUUAACAGCCACGUCAUAGAAAAUUUGUUACCCAAAUGUUAGAUAAAAACAGACGUAAUUAACCGGAACAUUUUAAGACGACUCUUAACAUCCUAUAAUUUCAACUCAGGUGUGUUCCUAGAGAUACGAUAUGUGGUGAUUAACACCGCUCGACAUGUACAAACGAAGCCGAGGGAUGAUAAGUAGACUAUAAGAUUGUUAGUUUUGACAAUGCUAAUGCAGCAGCAGACAUAUUGAAUAUAUCAUUACAUGCUCCGUUUUUUAAAGAACAGUAAAACUUUACUUGACAUUACAAACAUACAUAUUCAUAUGCAUAUGCGUACCUUAAAUGCCCGUAAUGAAGAAAUGCUAUACCAUGUAUAUGAAGGUAGUGUAUUAUGUACAAAUAGGUUAUAUUAUGCUCUAAUGUGUCGCAGUGUGUAACAAUAAACAUCAGUUAGUGACCACAUACAUUCUGGUAUACUUGUUUGGACUAUUAUCAAUAUACGAGAUGACAUCAUAUGGUACAAGAGGCACAGAAGCUCACCUUCAGAUUUGUAUCAAAUGAGUGAGUGAGUGAGUUUGGUUUAACGCCGCUUUUAGCAAUAUUCCAUCAAUAUCACGGCCGGGUACAC